GAAAUACUCCACGAAUUACCACAGCGAUACUCAGACAUAACCUUCCCCAAUAACUGUACAUAGUAAAGUCAUUUGUGACAUACACAGUAAAAUAAAAAAAAAUAAAAAAAAAUUCGCAACAAGUUACUAAAAAAUAAAAAAUAAAAAAUGAGUGACAAAAACAUCAUCAUACCAGACAUCUUACCAGAAACGGCAGAAACCGAUAGCGACGACCAACUAACACCUCCAGAGAUGGCACAAAUUGCAAAAAACACGAUAGAAGAUCUACCUUCAAAAUCCAAAGAAAAAUAUACAAAUACAUAUAACAAGUUUAUACAGUGGACAAUUGAUAAAAAAACGUUCAUCUCGGAAAGCACAAUAUUAACAUAUCUCACAGAAUUAUCAAAAAUACAUAAGCCAUCCACCUUAUGGUCAACUUACUCAACGCUCAAAACGACUCUAAAUAUUAACAACAAUAUUAAUAUUAACAAAUAUAAUAGACUCAUUCCAUUCCUGAAGAGACAGUCACAAGGAUAUACACCAAAAAAAUCAAAAGUAUUAACAUCAGAACAAAUUCAAAAAUUUCUCAACGAAGCUGAUGACCAAAAUUAUUUACUUAUAAAGGUAGCUAUGAUAUUUGGAAUUUGUGGUGCAUCCAGAAGAGAGGAUCUCAUCAAAAUAAAAGUUAAUGACAUCGAAGACAAAGAAACUAUCUUGCUCGUUAAAAUUCCAACUACAAAACCUUACAAACCAAGAUCUUUCAUAAUCACCGAUGAAUUCUACACUAUAUCUAAAAAAUAUAUAAAUUUGAGACCAAAAAACGUCGAAACCUCAAGAUUUUUUCUAAAUUAUCAAAAUGGAAAGUGCAUCAAAAAACCAGUUGGAAUCAACAAAUUCGGAAAGAUUCCAACAAUUAUCGCAUCAUAUCUACAAUUAGCAAAUCCUCAUUCUUACACUGGCACCUUUCGUCGCACUUCUGCCACGCUGCUAGGAGACUCUGGAGCAGACAUAACAACAUUAAAACGACGCUGGAAAUCCAAUACAGUUGCUGAAGGAUACAUUGAGGACUCCAUCUCCAUCAAUGACAAAAAUAACUAUUUCGGCAUGGCUGCGAUACUUCGUAAGAAUAUUUGGGAGAGCGAUCCCGAGCUCUUCGAGCUGAUGAAGAAGGAGAAGAAACGGCAGGAAUCCGGGCUGGAGCUGAUCGCGAGUGAAAACUUCACAUCUCUCAGCGUACUUCAGUGCCUGAGUUCGUGUUUGCACAACAAGUACAGCGAAGGAUUGCCUGGUCAAAGGUACUACGGUGGAAACGAAUUUAUCGAUGAAAUUGAAUUGCUGGCGCAGAAACGCGCCUUGGAAGCCUUCAAUCUGGAUCCUGAGCUAUGGGGCUGCAACGUGCAACCCUAUUCGGGAAGUCCGGCGAAUUUCGCGGUGUACACGGGCCUGUUGGAGCCUCACGGACGUAUAAUGGGUUUGGAUCUACCCGAUGGUGGCCAUCUCACUCACGGUUUCUUCACGGCGACCAAGAAGAUCUCUGCUACAUCCAUCUUUUUCGAAUCGAUGCCGUAUAAGGUUGAUCCUACGACCGGCUUGAUCGACUACGAUGGACUCGCGAAGCAGGCGAGAUUGUUCAAGCCGAAAGUCAUCAUCGCUGGAGUCUCCUGCUAUAGCAGGUGCCUGGACUACAAACGUUUUCGCGAAAUUGCCGACGAGAACAACGCCUACCUUUUCAGCGACAUGGCUCACGUGUCCGGACUGGUCGCCGCCGGAUUAAUACCCAGUCCUUUCGAAUUUAGUGACGUUGUCUCGACAACUACACAUAAAACUUUACGAGGCCCGCGCGCUGGCGUUAUUUUCUUCCGGAAAGGCGUCCGAAGCGUCACGAAGGAUGGCAAGAAUAUUAUGUACGACAUAGAGAGUAGAAUAAAUCAAGCGGUCUUCCCGGGUCUUCAAGGUGGGCCUCAUAAUCACGCUAUCGCCGCUAUAGCUACCACUAUGAAACAGGUGAAGACACCGGAAUUCCUCGAGUAUCAGAAGCAAGUGGUGCUUAACGCGAAGAGAUUGUGCGCCGGUUUGCAAGAGCGCGGUUAUAACAUCAGCUCCAACGGCACGGACGUCCAUAUGCUGUUAGUGGAUCUACGAUCCGCGGGCGUAACCGGCUCAAAGGCCGAGAAGAUCUUGGAAGACAUUUCUGUCGCCUGUAACAAGAACACUGUUCCCGGUGACAAAAGUGCGUUGAAUCCUAGUGGUAUCCGUUUAGGAACGCCCGCGCUCACUACUCGUGGCUUAGUCGAGAAAGAUAUGGAUAAAGUUGUGGACUUUAUAGACAGAGGAUUGCAACUUUCGAAGGAAGUGAGUGCUAUUUCCGGCCCAAAGCUGGUUGACUACAAGAGAGUAUUAAAUACCGAUGAGAAUAUUAAAGCAAAGGUUGCGGCUCUGAGGGAGGAAGUGGAAACUUUCUCGAGGCAAUUUUCGAUUCCUGGUCACGAAACAUAUUAACCACGAAACAUACUUCGCUUAAUGUUCCAAUUUAAAUUUUCAUUGUGCCAUUAAUUAUAGGUUUAAAUUAUUGUUGUAUUUUUCUACAAAGAGAUCUGUUUCGUGACAAAGAAAGAUAUUAUUCGUGUAUCUAAAAUUGUGAAAUUCAACGCGGCACAUUCAGAAUCUAUUCUAAUAAAUAGAUCCUUUAUCUAAGCAGGCACAAAAUAAAAGUAUCGUAAAAUUUCUCCCAAAAUAGUAUCUGAAACAUUCGAGCUUUCUUCUGGUACAAAUCUACCAGUUUUAUAAUUUUACAGUGUUCUUACGCUCUACUUAUAAUGUGUAAAAAAAUUGCAUGCUAAACGAAAAUGUAAUUAUACAAAAAGAAAAUUUAUAUGAUUUAAG